AAAUACAAAAAAAAAAAUAAUAAUAACUGGAAGUCGCCGUGCUCCUGCUGAACCCUCGGUGCUGCUCACUACAGACUGGUUCCAGAGGAGCGAGCUUAGCUGAGACAUGGCCGACCUGCUGAGGCUGCUGCUGCGGGUGGCCGAGAAGGCUGCGAACGUGGCUCGCCUCUGCAGACAGGACGCCCACCUCUUUCAGCUCCUGGUGCAGGAGAAGACCGGAGAGGACAAGAACAAGAAGUUCGUGCAGGACUUCAAAACGCUGGCCGACGUGGUGAUCCAGGAGAUGAUUCGGCAUGAUGUUGGAGUUCAGUUCCCUGAGAUGUCUGAUUUCAUUCAUGGAGAGGAGUCAAACAAGUUUGAAAACGGGCUUGGGGAAAGCGUGGCGGUGACUGUGUGCAGCACGGAGGAGGAGACCGCCAAGCUGCUGGCCACUGUGUUAGACGGCGACCAGGCGGCAGCGGCCCUGCUGGCCGGGGCCAUCCACCAAGAUCCGGCCACCAUAGAGGCGACCAUAGACGGACUGACGGUUCCCCUUAAACCCUCUGAGCUGGGCAUCUGGAUCGACCCAAUAGACGCCACCAGUCAGUACAUAGAGGGGCGAGAGGAGGCUCUGGAGGAGGGCCGCUUGUUCCCUUCAGGUCUUCACUGCGCCCUGGUUCUUAUCGGGGUGUACCUGCGGAGCACGGGCGAGCCGGUCAUGGGCGUGAUCAACCAGCCGUUCCACAACAAAGAUCCAGGAGGUUCGAGGUGAGUUCAGCAACGUUUGUUC